GUGACGGGCAGGCUGCUCCCUCCCUGCUCGCCCGCCUGUGUGGCUGCGAGCAAUGUGCGCAAAGUGCCUUUGCAUUAGCCGGCGAGUGCCGUAGCUCUGGGCAGAGGUAGCUCGCUCGCAGAGGUGCUGGGACAACCGAGGUGGCCCUGCGCCUGGUGGCCCCCGCCGGACCAUGGCAUGGGCACAGGGGGAUCUGACAUCCUCGCUCUCCAUCGUCAUAACCUUGGCUGCCUGCCUCUCGGCCACCACCAGCGAAGUGAACUUGCUAGACACGUCAACAAUCCUGGGAGACUGGGGCUGGAUGACUUAUCCCUCACAUGGGUGGGAUUCGAUCAAUGAAAUGGAUGAGUUUUUCAGCCCCAUCCACACCUACCAGGUCUGUAACGUCAUGACCCCCAAUCAGAACAACUGGCUCCGGACCAACUGGGUCCAGCGGGACGGAGCGCGGCGGGUCUAUGCAGAGAUCAAAUUCACGCUGAGGGACUGUAACAGCAUGCCAGGUGUGCUGGGCACCUGCAAGGAGACCUUCAACCUCUACUACAUGGAGUCUGACCGGGACCUGGGCACCAGCACCCGGGAAAGCCAGUUCCUGAAGAUCGACACAAUCGCAGCAGAUGAGAGCUUCACCAGUGUGGACCUGGGCGUGCGGCGCCUGAAGCUGAACACAGAGGUGCGGGGCGUGGGGCCACUGAGCAAGAGGGGGUUCUACCUGGCCUUCCAGGACAUAGGUGCCUGCAUUGCCAUCGUCUCGGUGCGGGUGUACUACAAGAAGUGCCCGGCUACGGUGAGGAACUUGGCAUCCUUCUCCGAGGCUGUGACCGGGGCAGACUCGUCCUCCUUGGUGGAAGUGCGGGGAGAGUGCGUGGUUCAUUCGGAGGAGAGGGACACCCCCAAAAUGUACUGCAGUGCCGAGGGAGAGUGGUUGGUGCCCAUCGGGAAGUGUGUGUGCAGUGCUGGCUAUGAAGAGCAGCAGGAUUCCUGCAUGGCCUGCCAGCUGGGAUUUUACAAAUCAGCCCCUGGAGACCAGCUGUGUGCCAAAUGUCCCCUGCACAGCCACUCGGAGAGUCGGGCAGCUCGUGUGUGCCACUGUGACAGCAGCUUCUACCGCGCCGUGCAGGACCCCCCCUCAGCUGCCUGCACACGGCCCCCCUCUGCUCCCGUGAACCUGAUCUCCAGUGUGAACGGCACCUCUGUGACCCUGGAGUGGGGCCCGCCCCUGGACAAGGGUGGCCGUGUGGACGUCGUGUACAACGUGCUGUGCCGGCGCUGCGCGGGGGACGCGGGGCCGUGCGAGGCCUGCGGCAGCGGCAUCCGCUUCGUGCCCCAGCAGAUGAGCCUGGUGCAGGGAGCGCUGACCGUCACCAACCUUCUGGCACACACCAACUACUCCUUCUGGGUGGAGGCCGUCAACGGCGUCUCUGACCUCAGCCGGGAGUCCAGGAGAGCCGCGGUCGCCAACAUCACGACAAACCAGGCAGCCCCGUCACAGGUGGUGGUGGUGCAUCAGGAGAGCACAGGCCAGAACAGUGUCACCUUGCUGUGGCAAGAGCCGGACCAGCCCAACGGCAUCAUCCUGGAGUAUGAGAUCAAAUACUAUGAGAAGGACAAGGAAAUGCAGAGCUACUCAACUCUGAAAUCCAAGAGCACCACUGCCACCAUCUCUGGGCUCAAGCCUGCAACCCGCUACAUUUUCCAGGUGCGGGCUCGCACCUCUGCCGGCUGCGGGAGGUUCAGUCAGACUGUGGAGGUGGAAACGGGGAAGCCGGUGUCUCUCCGGUACGACACAAUGACGAUUGUCUGGAUCUGCCUGACACUCAUCACUGGCCUUGCCACCUUGUUGGUGGUUCUGAUCUGCAAGAAGAGGCACUGUGGGUACAGCAAGGCUUUCCAGGACUCUGAUGAGGAGAAGAUGCAUUAUCAGAAUGGGCAAGGUAGGACGCUCUCUGGGAAGAACUCCAGCCCCAUGGAUGGGCAGAGAUGGACUGCCACCCCCUGACAGUGCUGUGGUUUCC